ACAGACAUAAACAUUUAAAAUUCGCGUUAAUGUUGUACAUAAAACCUUUCAUACAGGUGGCAAGUCUUUUACGUGUAUUGUCUCUGACAGGUUGUCUACAUGAGCCAUUGCUAUUUCACCCCACAAAUCCCUUCCCUGCUUACGUAAUCUUUCUAUUCGAUAAGCCUGGCUAUUACACACACACACACACAUACACGUCUUACCAUGUCAUCGAUAAAUUUGAAAUGUACUUUUUAAUACGUAGGAGAGACCUAGCGGUCUAUGUGUUUCAUUUCUAUGCGGCUGUCCUGCGCAUCUAGAGUUGCUUCUUGUGUGAUGUCUUUUUUGUUCACCAUAAUGAUUUGUGAGCUCUAGUUCCUAAGGUCCCGCUUUGUUGAUGUCAUUGCUUCUUUGCCAACGUUGUGGUUGUGCUGAUGGCGGAUCUUUGAUUGGAAUUUCUCUCUGGUGUUGUCUCCCCCAGUGUUAGGGACGCAGGCUUGGGACUCUGUUAUAGUCAGCCUGAUUUGUUUUGGUGUGGUCCGUGCAUUCAUGGCAUUGUAAAUGUUUGUGUGUGGGCUUCGCGGGCCCUGAUUGAAUUAUGUCACCGAGCUUAAGCAAGCCAUAGUUCUAAAGGCCAUAAAUCUUUGUUUUGGCUUCUACUGUCGAGGUGGGGGAACCUGAGAGUUCAAAGAACUUAUGCCUUCCCCUAAAUCAACGAGCCGUAAAGAGGCACCUGACAGUGUUGAUAUCUGAAAGCACACUUGAGUUCUAUAGGUAGAGGGCCGCAUCUGGCCCGUGGGUUGUAAUUUGGCCACCCCUGUGCUACACACAAGUAAAACAAUUUCUAAGUGACAAGACUGAAGAAGUGUUACAAGAAUACCUUACUCUAGCUAAGCGUUACUCGUGGAACGAGAAAUUCAUUGAGAACUCAACUCUGAUGGCCGAGAAGAGCAAAGGUACAACUGAGGAAAACUGUAAAGAGCAAACCGAAGCGAUGGCUAGUGCUGCUUACGAUGUAGAAGCAAAGCUUUUGGAGUUUCAGGAAGAUUUUAUUAGCGAACUUCAUGCUGCAAGUACUUUAAUGUCAAAUCUCCAAACUGAAGUUCACAUUUUGUCAAAGAGAACCGAGGAGAUUAGAGCAAAUCAAGAGAAACUAGCAAGAAAAGUUAAAGCUCUAAAUAGGAAGAUGAACAUAAUCAACAAAAGAAUGAACACGUCAAGUAACAAAGAAACACUUCCUUCACAAAUGCAAGUAGAUUUGAUGAGCAACACAUGGGAUACCUUGCAUACACUUGAAGUUCAUGAUGAGAACUUACCAGGAAGUCUCCGACGUUGUCUACAGACUUCACAAACUAGAUAAGAUAAUGGGAUUAUUAAAUACAAUUCUUAUGGACAUUGGCCUGAUGAAGAAAAAAGGUGAACUGUGGGUGGAAGAGAAAGAAAGUCUGAGCUACACAGAAGUAAAACAAUUUCUAAGUGAGAAGACUGAAGAAAUAUACGGAGAUUUGCUCUUUAAAGCAAACAAAACAUUGGCAAAAUUAAGAGAUUUGAAUUUAAACUCUAAACAGGUAGAAGACGUUGAUCAAAUUAUUGUUUUGAAAGAAGCAUCUUCAUCUAAAGAUUGUUCAAUUGAUGAACUAACAGGACUAAACCCAACAUCUGUAAGACCUGAUAACGUCCAUCAAGCUAUUACUUUUAAUGACACAGACUCUCUUUGUGAAGAGUUUCAUUGCCACGCAACAAGUCAAUCAGAUGUCCAGUGUGAUUACAACUGUCUUCAUAUUAUAGGUCAACAUGAACAACAAAUAUCAGAUGCUGGGAAAACGGAUCAUCGCAAAUACUUGAAGGAAUGCUCUCGGAAUCCAGGUCACACAAAAUUUAUCCCAGUCAAUGCAUUUGGCUUAUAUCAUCUGCCUGAAGGUCACCGUGACAAGGAUCUGUAUGACCUAAUUAAGGCCGCGGCUGACCUGACAGUGAAAGUGAGUGUCACUAUGACCAGCCCACAUAGACCAGAGUUUUUGCCAAACACAGAAAUUCCAUAUUUUUUAUACAACAAGAGAGGAGGUCAACAUCUGAGAACAGGGACUGGCUUUAUCAACGAAAUUAGACGAAAUACUAUGGGAUCAUGCCCAUGUAAUACAUGCAAACAGACAAGCCAAAAAAACAAAGUUUGUUGCAACAUUACAAUAUGGACAGCUACUAACUUAGUUUUUGAUGAUAUUGAGGCCAACAAUAUGUUGUUAACAUUGUUUUAUGAUGACCAAGAUGGUUUAGAGAUAGAACUAAAAGUUAUUGCCAUCGAGUCCUCUCAUGACGUCAGCAGAGAUAUAUGUUGGAUUCAAUUCAAUACUUGUGGUGAAAUUAUUGUUGAAAGACUCCAGAGAGCGAUUACACUUUUCGACGAUGCCUGUACGAAAGUAAACAAAAAAUAUACUCAAUCGAAAAAGAUGGACAAGUUAAUGUUUAUAAUCUCACAUCCUCAUGGCUGUUACAAGCAGGUCAGUAUUGGUCACUGGAAUGACAAGUUGAAAAUGGGUAGUGGCUUUAAGUUGACCCACACAGCAGGUACAUGCCAAGGAAGUGCUGGAGCUAGGGUCCACUGUGUGGAGAAUGACGACUACUGGGUUUACUGUGGACGUUCAAAAUCUGGACUUCAGUAUAGCUGUUGCUAAUAGUACCUUGCCAACUUUGAGAAGAAAGUGUGUACAUACAAAUGCCGUUUCCUUGUGUUUGUUGUUGCUGCAUAACUUUACGCUAGUUCAAGUCUGUCUGACUACAUCGGGGCCUCAAGUUGAAAUGGGGCUUCCACAUUUGAACAUAUAUAAAAAUCGAGAAUAAAAGAAAUAGCCAUAUUUUAGAUUAGAAAAAUGGGUAGUUGAGCUUACAUUUUCAAGCAAUUUAUAUAUUUCAUCAUACAUUAGACAUAUUUUUUUAUUUAGAAAUGUUAUGUUAGGUGACCGGUCAUUUCAUCUCCGGUCACUUCCUCCCCAGUCACUUCAUACCCUGUCAUUUCUACCUUGGUCAAAUCAUCCCCGGUCACUUCAUCCCCGGUCAUUUCAUCCCCAAUUAAAUAUGUUUUCUUAUUCGUUGUUUAACUGUUUUGUUAAGGCUUUGACUUUAAUCCCGCAUUUCAUCUAAUAUAUAAUUAUUAUUAUGUACUAGCAUGGGCGUAGCCAGGGGGGGGGUUUUGGGGUUCAAACCCCCCCCGAAAUGAAAUCCCCCCCCCGCAGGGGGGGGUGACGGAAUUAAGUGACUGAUUUUCGCUUUCAUUUUGUUUAUUUUAGGUGAGAUUUUAAUACUAAAUCAUCACUUACCACAGCACAGCCGAGGCAGCUUUGAGUUAAAAACCCUCUACCAGGGGGUUUUGAGUUUAAAUUCCCCUACCAGGGGGUUUUGAGAUUUUAAAAACCCCUAUCAGGGGUUUUGAGAUACAAAUCCCUCUACCAGGGGGCUUUGAGUUUAAAACCCCCUACAGGGGGUUUUGAAUUUUAAACCCCCUACCAGAGGCUUUUGCAGUUAAAUCCCCCUCUUCUAUAAAACAAAACAAAAAAUGCAAACAACAAUCCCCAAAUUCCAACAGCACAGUUGAGGAAGAUUUUGAUUUUAAAACCCCAUCCAAAAUUUACGAUAACCCCAUCUUCAAUAUAAAAAAAGUAAAUUACACACUCAAAAUUCUAUGAGCGUAGCCAAAGGGGUUUUGAGUUUAACCCCCCUCCCCUUCCAGUUGGGGUUUGAAGCUAAAAGUACCUCUUCAAUAUAAAAAAAAAGCAAAUUACACACUAUAAAAUCUAUGAGCGUAGCCAAAGGGGUUUUGAGUUUAAAUCCCCCUCCUCCAGAUGGCUUUUUCUUUAAAGUUUAAAACCCCUCCAGAUGGUUUUGAGUUUAAAAUUCCCCUACAGAGCGUUUAGAGUUGAAAACCUCACUCUUCAAUAUUAUUUUAAAGCAAACUACAGUCACCAAAUUCUAUGAUCGUAGCUAAAUGGGGUUUUGAAUUAAAAACAAAACAAAAAAAAAAACCCAGAGAUUUUUUAGUUUAAAACCCCUCAACAGAUGAUUUGACGAAAAAACUUUCUUUUUCGAUAUAAAAUCUAAAGCGAAAUACAGGCAUGUAAUUCCAAGAGCGUAGUUAAGAAAGGUUACAAAUUUCUACCAGUGGCUUGGGCUCCAUUAAUUAAGUGUGAUUAGUCUUCUGCAUAAACUGAAAAUCAUUAAAUCUGUCUCAACAAAGAUGGCUAAGACAGAUUUUAGGAGUCAGUCAUAGAGAUCGGGUCUAAAUCAAAGAAAUCAUAUGCCGAAUUGGGAGUCGAAUCGCAUGAGGUUUUGCGGGACAUGUUUUCCCACAUAAUGAAUUACGCAAAAUAAGAGUUGCGGAAACAGCUUGCCGGAAGUCAGUAAGAAUAGCACAUUAGGUUUUUGAAAUAAAACUUUUUAAUAGCAAGAUAAUGCACUGUAGAUACCUCAGAAUAUGCAUUUUGUUGGCUUUCAAUACCUGAAAUAGUGCUCGGCGGCGGGGCUUCGCCCCGCGCUGGGGGAGCUCUGCGAACUCCCCCAGACCUCCUUGCUAUCAAGGGCUGGGAGUCUACAAUAAACAAUAAACGUCUUCCGAAAGGGUCAGAAUGUAAUAAAGAUUAAUUAUGUACACACACACAUAUAUUUAUUUUCGCGGGGGGGGGGGGGGGGGGUAGGUCGGGGGGAAGCCCGCCCCCCCCAAAACCCUCCCCGAAAAAAAAUCCUGGCUACGCCCAUGUUAUGUAGAAUGCUUUUUAAUAUUUUUAGACAUGUUAUUAAUGCGUUUAUAGUGCUUCUCCUUCCACUUUAUAUUCUUAAUGAUCAAUCUUACAUUGUAAAUAUGGGUGUUUACUUAUCUAUAGCGUUUCUAUUGGGGGGGGGGGGUGAACUUUUAUAAUAUUACCCAGCGUAUAACGUAAUGAUCAAAUGUCAAGGUGUGUUGAAAGAAGUGGAAAUCUUUUAAGAGAUGAGAACGAUAAGAAUAUACUAUGACCAUGCUGCUGAUAACUCCUGACGAACAUCUUUUUUAUUUUUUUUUAUAUUUUUCAAUCUCUCUUUCUUGAAAAUUAUUAGCCUUGAAAUACGGUUUUAUUUCUUCUUAUAAAGGCUGACUUCACAUAUCCUUAGGAUAUGAUCUCGCCUAUACAAGUUUUACUUUAAUUCCUUUUAAACAUUACAGUUACAUUACAUUGUUCAGCAAUACGAAUCGAAGGAUCGUCUUCAGUACUUACAAUCAAAAGUUUAUUUAUCUUAUUGAUGUAGAUUUAUAGAUGAACGAAGAAACACUUUUUCACAUUACCUCUAUAUUUAUACAUGUUCAAUUUUUAUAGUUUUUAAUGACAUUUAAUUUAUUCUUAUCUAAUGUAUUACACUUUUUGUCAUGUAAAUAAAAUUGAAUAUGUUAAAUAUUGCUUAUUUCAUGAUUUUUACAAUCACUAUUUGUUAGAUAACAUAAUCAGAUGAUGAAAAGAACAUGGGAUGAAAUGGCCAGGGGAUGAAAUGACCAGAUGAUGAAAAUAACAGUAGAUAAAAUGUCCAGGGGAUGAAAUUACCAGGGGAAGAAAUGACCAGGGGAUGAAAUGACCAGGGGAUAAAAUACCGGGAUUAAGUGACCGGAAAUGAAAUGACCGUGAACCUUAUUUUAAGUGCAUUUACGUUGAACUUAAUUAUUGUAGGGGCCUCCAUUUAUUAACUUCCGGCACUCCCACAACUAUUAUUCUGCUCACAUUUUCUGUUACGCUGUCCUCCUUUAAGAUCACCAAAAAAUAUCGUUUUUGGCAUGCGGUCGUCUCCCAUGCGGGAUACGUAACCCGACACACACCCUAACACACGAAAUGUACUAAAUCAAUUAGAAAUGUAGAUCCAGAGUCGGUCGCAAAUAAUUUCAUUGUAAUGAUACGAGCUCUUUUAGUUUUGAGGAUUUACACAUUUAAAUUUAUUCUUGAAUCACAGUAAAGACAAGUCUAACUUUGUAGUAGUUUCAGAGUUUAUUAGUACAAGUACAUUUCCACAACACACUUAGUUAUUAAGUCGCAGUCUCUCUUUGAAUUCUAUCACUCUCACUACAGAUUCUAAAUUUCAAAGUAAAAAUCUUCGUUUAGAUAUUAAUGUGCAAUAAAUAGUGUAACAUUUAUUAAUAACACAUACAUAUUUAUACAUAUUCCUAAGGGCACUGACAGACUCAUCUAUCUCCAAUUGUCUCACUUACCGAGGAGAAAGUAAAAAAUACGAAACAUUAACCUGUUAUUAUUUACUUUGUCAGAAACAACAAAGGUAUUUUCAGGCUCGAAACCUCAGAAACUAAAUUUACUACAAAAUGAUUAUUUUUCUCAAUAACGUAAACAUAAUGUUUUAAAACCGACUUACUCAAAUUGGCAUUUUUUUAAAAUGGCACAUGUUCACACUGCACAUAUGAAUUAUUUAGCUUAUAAAACACUUCAGUCAAGAACAAUGUAUUUCCCUUGUUCGAGAUACUAAACAAAGUAAUUAAUUACCAAUAGUUAAUUAGCUAAUUUUUAUUUAUUGAUUCUUGCGUUGUCAGAUAAAAGAAAUAAUUGUACAAAAUUGCAAUUUAAUCCGAGAUUGCGUGUGUUUCGGAGAAAUAGGUUGUACAAACUUUUUUACCUGACAGACAGGAGUGAGUUGAUAUAAGCUUUGUAAAAAUAGUAACGACAUGAAUUGGAACUUGUGGCUAUAGCCUUCUCAUGCCGACAUACUAACCACUCUGCUAGUGAAGUUCUUAUGAAAAUAGGACGUUUUAUAGUUUUCUAUUGUUUGUAGCAAACAAACUUUAAGCGACGACCUAUAAAUGGGACUAAUUCAGCUUAUAACACAUAGUACAAUCUAUUUCACUUGAUCAAGAUACCAUUCAAAAUUCAUUACUAAUGGUAAUUACUAAUAGUUACUAAUUACUAAUAGUUACUAAUUACUUAUAGUUACUAAUUACUUAUAGUUACUAAUUACUAAUAGUUACUAAUUACUAAUAGUUAUUAAUUACUAGUAGUAAUUGUUCUUCAAAUUUCAUCUUGAUCCGAAAUGGGAAGACGGAGAAACAUAGUGUAAAAACUUUUUACCAGACAGACAGACAAAGUGAACUGAUAUAAGUUGUGAAAAUGCUAAAUAUUUCCGUAGUCGUACCGUGGGAGUCGAAGCACGAAGUCCCAGCGCAUAGAGAAUUAUCAGUGAUGUGUAACCCAAGGUUAGGCAGUCUUUUAUUUCAGCCUUCUCAAUACACUCCAAAGCCACAUCCUUUCUUUUUGUCAUAGAAAUUCAUUUUAUUUCCUGCUUUACCUGGCGCUUUUACAACUUUCUCUGCCUCUCAAGUGAUAUAAUUUCAAGGCCAUUGCAUAUUUGAAAAAAAAUAUUGAGCAAUUUUUUUGUAUAAAGUAUUAACUUAGUUCUAUGUAAACAAGUGGUUAUAUUAUAUUAUAAACAUGGAUUUAAAGUAAAAAAAAACAACAAAAAACAAAAAAAAACAACAACAAGAGAUGUCUCAUUCCUUAAUUGUUCAUCCCCUUUCAGACCUUGCGAUGUAUGAGACAGAUGGUGAACGUCCUCAGUUUCUUUGUCCAACGUUUAUAGAAUAGAACAAGGUGUCAUGCGGACAGAACAACGACAAACCGCCCUUACGUUGCCCGGCUCAAUUCAGGUACACAUUAGAGGUCGGAGGACACAGGAGCGCCAUAAAAGUCACGAAAUUUAAAAUCCCAGUCUUCGCCAAGAUUUGAAUUAAUAACCCCAGGUUUAGAAGUCAAGCGCUUAACCGAUCAGCCAUGCAUCAUGUGUAUUUUUGUAGCCAAAGACUCGGGAUAAGCUUUAGCAGUAUGUGUGAACCUCUACUAUACAAUUUCUCAGAGUUUGAAUAGGAUAAUAUCCUAUAUAAUACAAAUGUAAUGCGUUGGAACAAAAUUAAAAUAUUGAUAGAAUUUAAAAAUAUAA